AGACCAACAGAAAGAAAUACAUGUUCUUAGCUAGCAGUGUUUGGCAACAGAAAAGGAGCUCUAGUGAAAAAAGAAAGGCUUAGCAAAUAUAUUUGAAUUUAAUUAAUCACAGACGAGAUUUUAUUUCAUGGCAUCCCGGAUAAUUUAAAUUAAAUUUUCUUUUCGUAUAAAGUUCUUUUAUAUCGAAGUAAUUACUCUUUUACUAACGUGAGGAGAAAGUGUGUUGUUAAUACAGCAGAAAAUUCAUAUUUUAUUACUUCCUGAUCUUGCCGGUAGGAAUGCUGCUUUGGAUAACAUGGAUUUCGUCGUGUAUCAUAUUCAGCACUGUUGUGAGCGGAGUAGUGAACUAUGAUGGUAAAGGGAGACAAAAUAAUUCGACCUCAGGAUUGGUUAUCCUUGGAGCUUCAGAAAUUGAAAAGAGUGAAUCCAGAAGAAUGCAUUUUACGGAUGGAGGAAGAUACAACCCAACAGAUCGUAACUAUGACGUCAUGUCUGAGUGUGAUGCUCUCAUACGCGGCCAGGAAGGCUGGAUUUUUACUCCCAAUUACCCAUCUGAUUAUGGCAAUUAUCGAACGUGUGAUUACGUGAUCCAGCGGCUAACUCCAGACACAUGUCGUGUCGAGAUGACUCUGAAUGACUUCGAUUUAGAAGAAAGUGACCAUUGUUUGGCCGACUACUUGGACUUAAGAGAUGGCCAACAAGGUGUACUUUGUGGUGCUCUGGCUUCUGGAACUAAAAAGCAGUUACAGUAUCGCUCAGGUCAAUAUACUAUGACUUUGAGAUUCAAGAGCGACAAGGAAAAUACAAGGAAAGGGUUUAUGAUCCAGCUGAAACAAAUUCCAAGAUCAUGUGGAGCGACCAACCUUCCAAGGCCUAAUGCCUGCAAUCAGUACAUCGACACAUUCACCAGCAGCCUUAGUUCUCCAGGCUAUCCUAAUGGUUAUGCCCCCAAUCUCCGCUGCUCCUACACCAUUCGGAGAGCUGAUUCCAGAAUCUGCAAGGUACUUCUCGAAAUCCGGCUUCUGGAUUUUGGGCGACAUACGGGAGGACCUUGCAGAGGUGACUAUUUAGAGUUCCCGGAUCUGUCCAGGACGUGUGUUGGUUAUCCAUCAAGAAAAAUUGUAGAUUUUCUGCGUGGGAGUGACCUUUUAACAUUUACCUUUGUAACUGAUGGUUAUGGGUCAGGAAAGGGCUUCGACAUUGAGGUUCUUCAAGUGCCAGAUUCUUGUACAGCCUCUCCGAUACCACCAAGACAGCCAGGAUCAGGAUCUGAACAAUGCGACCAAGAAGUCAUAUCAGUCACAGGCCAUUUUACUUCUCCCCGAUUUCCCAACAGCUACGGCCCCAACGAAAGGUGUCGAUUUACUAUCAGGAAAGUUGAUCCUUCCGUUUGCAGUGUAGAGUUGGAUUUCAGACGAUUUGAUUUGGAAUACAGUGGGUCUCGAUGUAGCAAGGAUUAUCUGACUUUACCAAGCCUCAACAGGUUAUGCGGAACCAUCAGUGGAAAACAGUUGAUGGAACUGCCAAAAGAUAGCGAUUAUGUCAACUUAUACUUCGUAAGUGAUGGAUAUGGUCAUGCACCAGGUUUUGACAUUCAUGUAACGCAGCUGUUUAAUACAUGUGAUGGAUACGGAUUGCAAGGACCGUGUGAUCAGGAAGUUGGUACAUUCACGGGAAGUUUCACGUCACCUGGAUAUCCUUCCUCAUACCCUCCAAACCAGAGAUGUACUUUCAGUAUCCACAGAGCAGAUCCAACUGUUUGUUCAGUUGAGCUCAACUUCAAAAGAUUUGACAUCGAAUUUUCCAAGGACCAAUGUUCUAAAGAUUUCUUAAUGCUACCGGAUCGAUCUAGGCUUUGUGGCACGAUUGCUGGUAUACGUGUGCUCAAGUUCCCAGCUGGAAGUGAUAUUAUAGCAAUGAACUUCUUCAGUGAUAGUUACAUAUCUGGAUCUGGAUUCAACAUCGAGGUAACGCAGAGACGAAACACGUGUAGAGUUCCUGCUUCAGAAUGUGGAGGAGAGAUCACCAGUUCAGCAGGGCGAAUCACCAGUCCAGGCUAUCCACGUUAUUACACUUCAGGAUUGAGGUGCCAGUACAAAAUCCGGCGUCCAGAUCCCAGUACUUGCACUGUUGAGUUGGAUUUUCGCGCCUUUGAUGUUGCCGUGAGUGCUGGCUGCAGUGAAGACUACCUGCAGUUGCCAGAUCAGAGCAGGCUCUGCGGCAGCCAACCAACGCCAAAAGCACUGGACUAUUCUGCCUUUGGAAGUGAUGUCAUGACGUUGACUUUUGUAACAGAUUCCAUUGGGGCUGGGAGAGGUUUUGAUAUUGUCGUACGCCAGUUGCCAAAUUCUUGCAGUAUUCUUCCUCCACCACCUUCUUGCGAUGUGACCAUCACUGAGGAACGUUCCGUCAUCCAUAGUCCAGGUUAUCCUGAUGAUUAUCCAGCCGAUGCCCUCUGCGUCUACACGAUCAAGAGAUUGGACAGAGGGGUGUGUCAAGUGCAGGUCGAAUUUCUAGAUUUUGAUGUGGAGGAUGAGCCAGACUGCAGUUCAGAUUUUUUUCAGUUGCAAAAGAACGGUGAUAGGUACUGUGGCACACGUGCUCCACCUACUUCAGUGCUCUCAUUCGAAGGAGAUUUAGAUGUGCUACGAAUGGUAUUCAGAUCCGAUUCUGUUAGCCACAGACGGGGUUUUGAAGCUCGAAUUCGACAGUUGCGCAAUUCCUGCUACAGGCCUAUAGCUAAAGUUACUGCUUUACUAGUUACAAAACAUUAUAGUGUGGGUAGCAGGAUCAAUUGCUAUGUCUUGUCUCCUUGUGAUAGUGAGAGCAAGGGAGGUACAAGCCCUAAGCCGGAUAUUGUAUGCCUGCUUUUGCAG